UUUUCAAGCGAACAAAGAAACAUAAUUCAAAGCUAAAGAUACAUCAUAUCUCGACCGUUAGGAGCCACAAGAUCAGAAUCUGAUCAUGGACAAGGUGAUGAGAAUGUCAUCAGGGAAAGGAGUUGUGAUCUUCACCAAAAACUCAUGUUGUCUUUGCUACGCCGUGCAGGUACUUUUCCGUGACCUUAGGGUUCAACCAACAAUCCACGAGAUUGACAACGAUCCUGACUACCUCGAGAUCGAGAAGGCCUUAGUCCGUCUUGGCUGCCCCAACGCGGUUCCUGCUGUUUUUGUAAGUGGUAAGCUGGUGGGUUCUACCAAUGAAGUCAUGUCGCUUCACCUAAGUGGCUCUCUCGUUCCCUUGAUCAAGCCGUAUCAGUUAUUUCAUAAUUAGAAAUAAAGGAUCCUUAAGAAAAAGAAAGACAAUUGUUGUAUGUUGAGAUUGGAUAGUAAAUAAUGAUGGAAAGAUUACACUUGAAUGUGUAUCAUGUUCUUAUAUAUAGCUAAUUUUAUAUUUUGUUUCGCUCAUGUCCAAGAAAUUAAUUAGCUAGCUUUGUAUUUCCCACCUUAACUAAUCAGUGGAUGUACUGCUGUGUUAUCUAUAGUAAUGAGAAAAUUAUACUUAUCA